UAAUGUCGAACGGAAUGCCAAACAUUCCGCUAGCUGAGAACGACGGCAUCGAGAAAUGGCAAUUGUGGAAGAAGAAAAGAUACAUCAUCGCCAUUCUGGCCUUCUUUGGUUACUGCACCGAAUAUGCACUAAGGUCAUCUUUGAGCGUCACGAUAAUAGGGAUGUCAGGAGAACGGGGGUGGAGAAACAACAGCAUGGAACCGGAAUUUAACUGGACCAACGAGUACAAAGGCCACAUUUUGAGCUCGUUUUUCUACGGUUACCUAACUUCUCAAAUUAUCAGCGGCUACAUCGCGCGAGCUAUCGGAGGAAGAACACUAUUCGCCUCAGGUGUAGCAGUAUCCGGAAUUUUGACGAUUGCAACUCCGUGGCUGGUGAGAAAGCACGACUCUUUGGUCAUCGUAAUAAGAGUUUUGGAAGGAAUUUUCGAAGGUUUCACAAGUCCGAGCCUGUACCAGAUAUGGACCAAAUGGGCACCGCCGUUGGAGAGGAAUACUCUUGUGACGAUCUGCUUCUGCGGCACCUACGCGGGAGUCUUGUUCGCCAUGCCGGCUGGUGCUUAUCUCACCGCUCGCUUUGGAUGGGCGACAGUGUUUUAUUCUUUUGGUUCUAUUGCCAUAUUAUGGUCUAUUUUGUGGAUGCGAACAGUGGCGGAAUCUCCGGCUACAGACAGGCACAUAAAAAAAUCCGAGCAGAUGUACAUAAGGGCUUGCCUCCAAGAAAACAUUUCCCAGGCACAGGUAUCGGUGAAAUCGGUGCCAUGGAAAGCCGUUUUAACAUCUAAUCCAUUUUGGGCAUUGGUAUUUGCUAAUUUUAGCCAAAAUUGGGGAUUUCACACGAUCGCCAUAGAACUACCUCUCUACUUCAAAGACGUGUUUAACAGCGAUUUGGAAAAAUCCGGGUUCCUGUUUGGGAUUCCGUUCCUCAUGCAAGCUAUAAUGACACCGCUAGCGGGGUUCCUCGCGGAUUGGUUAACGAAAAAAGAUAUCAUGUCUAACACUAACGUCAAAAAGUUUUGCAAUGUCACGGGAUCCGUUUCGCAGGUCAUUUGCAUGACGUGCCUCGCGCUGUGCAAAACCGAAACAAGCGCCAUUAUUGCGCUUAGCGUUUGCAUGGGAAUGGCAGCUAUACAGUUCACCAGCUACAGUGUACUCGCUCUGGAGAUGGGUCCCCAAUAUGCCAGUGUACUGAUGGGAGUUAGCAACACAAUUGCGACGCUAUCAGGCAUUUUAAAUCCCACACUGACCGGAUACAUAGUUUCAAGUAAUCCGACCUCCCAAAGAUGGAACGCGGUUUUCUUCAUUUCCGCCUUCAUAUAUCUGGCGGCGACGUUGCAUUUUGCAAUUUUCGCAAGUUCGCAUCGCCAGCCUUGGCAGAGAACGUCGAAAUGCGCAAUGCUUCGAAAUCAACGACCAACGUACCCGAACAGUAAAACUUCCGAACAACAUCCAUCAUGGAAAGUCUGGAAACGACGACGUUACGUAGUCGCUCUUAUGGCGUUCUGCGGUUUUUUCAACGCCUACAUUUUACGAGUCAACCUCAGCAUAGCAAUUGUAGCUAUGACAGAUGAUAAAUACGUCACACUCGAAAAUGGUACGAGACUAAACAUGGGUCCUGUAUUCGACUGGAACAAUGAACUCCAAGGCCACAUCUUAAGCGCAUUUUUCUAUGGCUACAUGGCCACUCAGAUCCUCGGAGGCUACGUCGCUACGAAAUUAGGAGGCAAAUCGCUCUUCGGUAUUGGAAUAUUCGUUACCGCCGCUUUUACUCUAGUAACCCCGUGGAUAGUAGAAACCCACGUUUACCUCUUCAUCGCCGUCAGAGUUAUCGAAGGACUGUGCGAGGGUGUCACUUAUCCCUGUAUACACGCCGUGUGGUCGAAAUGGGCUCCGCCAUUGGAAAGGGCACGCUUGGCAACGCUGUCCUUUUCCGGAUGUUUCGUCGGCACUGUCAUUGCUAUGCCCGCCUGUGCUUAUUUGGCUGACGCUAUGGGAUGGGAGAGCGUCUUCUACAUUUGCGGAGCAUCGGGAGUACUAUGGUUUAUCUCCUGGGUUAUAUUUAUAUCCGAAUCUCCCGAGAGUGACAGAUACAUCAGCAGCGACGAGUUGGUAUUUAUCCAGAACUCCCUAUCGUCUGCACCUGUUAAAAGCAUCGGUCCGGUACCAUGGAAAGCUAUUUUGACGUCGAAAGCGGUUUGGGCGAUUGUGAUAUCGCACUGCGGGGAAAAUUGGGGUUUCUAUACUUUGCUCACGCAGUUACCAAAGUAUCUUAAAGAUAUAUACGACUACGACUUGGGCAAGUCUGGAUUUCUUUCCGCCCUUCCCUAUCUGGUAAUGGCGAUUCUAAUCCAGUUUUCCGGACAAUGGGCCGACUGGUUUUUAGUUAAGGGCAUAUUAACGACGACUCAAGUACGGAAAAUAUUCAACUGCACCGGAUUUCUCGCUCAAACCGUAUUUAUGUUGAUCACCGCGUUCUGGUCAGAUAGAAUAGGUUCCGUAUUCUGCCUAACCAUGGCCGUGGGAAUAGGAGCGUUCGCGUGGGCCGGCUUUAGUGUGAACCAUUUGGAUAUAGCGCCGCAGUACGCAAGCAUAUUGAUGGGAAUCGGUAACACAUUCGCUACUAUUCCGGGUAUUAUUAGCCCGGUAAUUACAGGGUAUAUAGUGAAAAAGCCGGCGACAGUCGACCAGUGGCAAACAGUCUUCUUCAUCGCUGGAGGAUUAUAUUUGUUCGGUGCCAUAUUUUAUGGCACCUUCGCAUCCGGAGAACUUCAACCGUGGGCAAAAGAGGAAAAGCAAACCUCAAGAGUGGAAAAUAAAAUCGGAGUGGAAAACAAUGGAUUUGAGAAUUACCCAUCAGAAUAAAAUUCUAAAAACAAUUUAAAGUUAAUCAGAUUCAAAACAACCCCUAGAAAUCAUUUAAGUAAAGUCCAAGACAACAACUUUGACAAUAUGAAAAUGAGAAACUAUUUUUUAAAUUGAAACACUCUUUUGACAAAGCUGGUUUGUGUUCAGUUCAAAUUUAAAGCUGUUUGGGAUACUGCAAAACCAUCAUAAAAGAGAAAAGGGGACAAAACCAAGAAAAAAUCACAAUCACCCGCGAAAUGUACCGCGAACUUGAUUUUUUUCAAAAAUUCCUACAAACAUUUGUAUACAUCGUGAAGUAAACUGUGUUGUAAAAUGAUAAAUAAAACUC